AUGGGCUUCAUCAGCAGCACCAAAGCACGCAGGCUCGACGCAGAGCUACACUGGCUCGUCACGCAGAUCAUCACCCCGGAGCUCCCGCAGCUAGUGGAGGCGCUCCGGAUCUGCUCCAAUCUUCUUCUAUACAACUCGCCCGUCCACCCCGACAAAGCGCAGCGGAUCGAGCGGGGCCCCAGCAUCACGUUGCCCAUAUCGCUGGGGAAACUGGACGACCUCAAGGGCAUUUUGGUGAGGGACGGAGCGUACAUCACGCACAUGUCCGUGCACCUCAAAGAACGGCACUUCAACCGCGUGCUCCACAAGCUCGUGCUCAAAAAACCGUACUUGCUUGCGCAGAUCAUCACGGCCAAGCGGGGAAUCGACCGUGCCGUGGCGCUCCUUUUGCAGGCGGCGUCCGUGUUCGACGAAAACCCAAACACGUACUGCGACCCGCAAUCGCACGGCGUCCUCAUGGCGGUUUUCGCCGAGCUUCUCGCCGAGCUCCAGACGGCCAAGAACAGCCUCCAGCUCCCCACGCAGCCCGAGCUCGUGUUCCCGCUCCACCGCACGGACCCGGCGUUUUUCGAGCCCCUGUUGUCGCCCCACAUUGCCUUGGAUCUCUACAUCAGCCAGGCCGAGGUGUGCAUCGACCUCAAGGACUUGGCCGCCGUGCACGACAGGCCGUGGUGCGAGAUUGACCCGGUGUCCGGCAAGUCGUACGUGGACACGAUCCGCGACCAGAUGUCCGCCGGAAAAGCCGACGUGAGCGGGCCUCACGCAGACGAGAAAAGCGACCGUGGCUUGCUUGGCAGCGUGUUUUCGCACUUGCUGCUCAGGCCACGCCACGAGCCGCACGACUACAUCGCCCGCUGCGUGACCUACAACAACCUGGUGGUGAUGGUGAACAAGAAAAUCGAGGUUUCCAGCGCAGACCCGGUGCUUGUGAGCGCGUUCACCAAGCUCGAUUCCGUGGAGCACAUGGUCAGCAGCUUCUUGGACAACAUCCGCACGCUCUACCAGGACGAGCAAUAA